UAGGAUGCCUGGUUAUUCCUAAUGGGAGUGGUAGACAUUGGAGUAGAAUAAGAAAGCUUGAGGGGAGUGGGGUUAGGCGCGCUCAUUCAUUGUCUGGGUGGCCAGGAUCCGAGUCACGUGACCUUUGUUUUGCGCGUUGGGUUCGAACUCCACUAGCAAAUAGUGAAAGGAAAAUUUUUUGUAGGCUCUUCCUGUUCUAUCCAAUAUCCAAUCGCGAAUGUCUACUUUCUCCAAGAAUUUGUUUGAUCUUCUCGGCGACGGUGACAACGAAGCUCCAGCUGCUCCCAAUGGUCCUCGUCGUGAGGGAGGUAGAGCUCCCCGCCGCCCAUUCGAUCGCCACAGCGCUACUGGCCUUGUCGAUAGCGAAAAGAAGGUCGAACAAAGCUGGGGCCAUGCUGAAUCUGCCGAGGCCGAAGCUGCUACCGAUUCCUUGAAGCCCAAGGAUCCCGCUGCUGCUGAUACCGAAGAGGCUGUUGCUGAGGAAGAACCCGAGGAGCAGACCAAGACCCUUGAAGAGUACUUGGCCUCCAAGAAGGCUGCUGCCGCUGCUCUCCCCGAGGCCCGCAAGCCCAACGAAGGUGCUGACGACUCCAAGUGGAAGGAUGCCGUUGCUCUUGAGAAGCCCGAAGAGGAAGAUUUCUUCGGUGGCAAGGGACUCUCCCUCAAGCAAAAGAACAAGACCAAGAAGGAAAAGGUCCACGUUGAGAUCGAACAACGUUUCGUUGAAGAGAACAGCAAGCGCGGUGGUUUCCGCGGUGAGCGUGGUGGCCGUGGUGCCAGCCGAGGAGGUCAACGUGGUGGCCAACAGCGCGGUGGCCGUGGUGGCCGUCGUGGUGGCCGUCAAUCUGCUUCCGUUAACCUUGACGAUGCUACUGCAUUCCCCACUCUCGGUGCUUAAGUACAUCGAAUAACCCCAGAUACUGCAAGGACCUUCCCCCUCUCAAAAAGAAGAAAAAAACACAAGCCACUAAAGCACUUACUGUAGAGAACGGGUUGGAGAUUGGAUUCACCUUUUUGUCGCCAAAAAUAAAAAAACGAAAAUCUACUUUUUGAUCAUAAUUACUUUUUCUUUGCUCAGCAUCAUG